CCUGCGCGUCUCGGUGCUGACGCCGUUGCUAAGCGGCGCUUGGGUACCUGGCCGCCUGAUGCUGGAUGGCGCUAGGGGAAGAUGGUGGUCACCGGGUCCCAGGUAACCAUGGAGAAAGAGCUUCGCAGCACCAUCAUUUUCAAUGCAUCCAAAAAGGAGGUCUUCACCACCAACAGUGGUUAUAAAUCUAUGCAGAAAAGACUUCGCAGUAAUUGGAAGAUUCAGAGCUUAAAAGAUGAAAUCACAAUCGACAAGCUCAUCGGGGUGAAACUGUGGAUCACAGCUGGGCCGCGGGAAAAGUUCACGGCCGCCGAGUUUGAAGUCUUGAAGAAAUAUCUCGAUGGUGGUGGAGAUAUCCUUGUUAUGCUGGGAGAAGGUGGAGAGUCCAGAUUUGACACCAACAUUAACUUUCUACUAGAAGAAUAUGGAAUCAUGGUUAAUAAUGAUGCUGUGGUUCGGAAUGUGUACUACAAGUAUUUUCAUCCUAAAGAAGCCCUCGUUUCCAACGGCGUCCUGAACAGGGAGAUUAGCCGAGCUGCCGGAAAGGCUGUGCCUGGGGUGGUCGACGAGGAAAGCAGUGGAAACAACGCCCAGGCUCUGACCUUCGUCUACCCCUUUGGGGCCACCCUGAGCGUCAUGAAACCAGCAGUGGCUGUGCUGUCCACAGGCUCCGUCUGCUUUCCGCUCAACCGGCCCAUCCUGGCUUUCUACCACUCUAAGACGCAAGGGGGGAAGCUGGCAGUGCUUGGCUCAUGCCACAUGUUCAGUGACCAGUAUUUGGAUAAAGAAGAAAACAGCAAAAUCAUGGAUGUUGUUUUCCAGUGGCUCACAACCGGAGACAUCCACCUGAACCAGAUUGAUGCUGAAGACCCAGAGAUUUCUGACUACAUGAUGCUGCCCGACACAGCCACCCUGUCAGAGCGACUGCGAGUGUGCCUGCAAGAGGGCGACGAGAACCCACGGGACUUCACCACCCUGUUUGACCUGUCCAUUUUCCAGCUGGACACCACCUCCCUCCCCAAGGUCAUCAAGGCUCACGAACAGCUAAACGUGAAGCAUGAACCUCUGCAGCUCAUCCAACCUCAGUUUGAGACACCGCUGCCAGCCCUGCAGCCCGCUGUUUUCCCUCCGAGUUUUCGGGAAUUGCCCCCGCCCCCUCUGGAGUUGUUUGACUUGGAUGAGACGUUCUCCUCUGAGAAGGCGCGGCUUGCACAGAUCACCAAUAAGUGUACUGAGGAAGACCUGGAGUUCUAUGUCCGGAAGUGUGGUGACAUUCUGGGAGUGACCAGCAAACUCCCGAAGGACCAGCAAGAUGCCAAACACAUCCUGGAGCACAUCUUCUUCCAGGUGGUGGAGUUCAAGAAACUGAACCAGGAACAUGACAUUGACACCAGCGAAACGGCACUCCAGAGCAGUUUCUGAGGACCAAGCCUCCAAGGACUGCCUGCCUCCUGAUUGUCUUUGUAAAUGAUGGCCCCCACCCCCAGUUUACCUAAUCAAAGUUGUCCAUAUACUCUUUUUUUGUAGAUGCCUGGCAAGGCCUGUCCAUUUUCCAAACUGCUCAGAUGGGCAGACGGUUUCUGUUGCAAUCCUUAUGUGAGAUAAGUUCCUUUCCUUUUUAAAAAUUAAACCAAUGAUUGACUCUG